AUGGCAGAGGAGACACCGGAUCUAUAUGAAAAAUCCAAGGGAAUGCCAUCAAAGAUCAGGAUAGUUGGAGGCCCGAACAACCUGGCAUAUGGAGAAGGCGACGAGCUGGAUGUGUUGGACGCAAAUACCAUCGAGACAUUUACUCUUGAGGAGUUCAAGACGAUAGUGCUGGACUGUAGGUCAAAGAACAAGGACUUCAUCAUCGCAAGAGUCACAACACCGGAUCCCGAGGACCAGAGCAUCAUCUACAACUUUUACUAUGCCGCAUCCGAAUUGAACAGGAUAUUGUUCAGAUUCGAGUCCGACAGAAGGCUGCUGCACAGGAUGAAGGUCCGGAACCCCCUCAACAACAUGUACAUACUGGGCCAGGUUUACUACUACAAGGUGCCGCCGCAGGAGGUCGACAGGGCACUGGUCGAGUACUUCUUCGUCGAGGCCAAGCCUGGAAACAGGGCUGCAAAAAAGGCGUUUUCGCAGGUGUUCAGACACAACCUCGAGGAGGCAUCCGAGGACGGCAAGAGAUGCUACAAGUCAAGAGACUACCUCAAUGGCAACGGCAGAACCCUGAAGAUAAGCAGCGUCGGCGAAAAUCCAAGAGAGGUGAUAGAAAAGAUCCAGAAGGGCACGAUAGCCAUACCCAAAGCAAUUCCUCCCGAAAGAAGCGUGGUGUACAUCGCCAACUACUUUGCUUCCGACGACGACUUCCUGAUGCAGCCGGAGGUCAGAGAAUACUUCAGGAGAAACACAUUAGAUGCUGACGACGACUUCCUGUUUGAGAUAGAUAGAACACAGAACGACUUCUUUGCGCUACUUGAGACGGCAUCGGAGGACGAGAACGAAGAGGUUCUUGGGUGGAAAAGAGUUCUUACCGCGCAUGUCAGCAUGCUGGUGACCCUCUUGACUGUGUGCCUCGUCCUUGGCGUUGGGCCCCAGAUGGUUCUCGUUGCCCUCCCACUGGCGGUUGUCCUUAUCUUCUCGUUCAUUGGCUCGAUUUUUUAUAUUCUAUUCUGCAGAAGAAACACGUUCGACACUCUAGCUGUCAAUAGUGUUGAAGAGGUGUAA